AUGCCGGGAACAAUCACGGUGCUGAAGACGUCUCCUGUUCGGAUUGGUGGUGGGGUUGAUGAGUCCACGGUGUACUUUCACCGGCUUUUCUGGACAUUUUCACCCUGUAUCGAGGCAUUCUGGCAUUGCAAGCCCCUCGUCAGUAUUGAUGGUACCCACUUGUAUGGGAAGUAUGGAGGGACGCUGUUGUUGGCGAUAGCUCAGGACGGGAACUCGAACAUCCUCCCGAUAGCAUUUGCCCUUGUGGAGGGCGAAAAUGCAGAGUCAUGGUCAUUCUUCUUGUCUAAUCUCCGAGAGCAUGUGACUCCUCAGGAGGGUAUCAUUGUUAUCUCUGACAGGCAUAAUGGGAUCAAGGCAGCGCUUGAGGCACCUGAGACUGGGUGGCUGCCUCCUCGGGCUUUCCGGGCCUACUGUAUUAGGCAUGUGGCUGCGAAUUUCGCCCUAACGUUCAAAGGUAAGGACUCAAGGAGGAUGUUGGUGAAUGCUGCCUACGCAAAGACUGAGGCUGAGUUUUACUACUGGUUUGACAUCAUGCAAACUGAGAAUCCAGCAAUGUGUGACUGGGCCAACCGGAUGGAGUAUGACAAAUGGACCCAACAUGAGGAUGCUGGUCGACGGUUCGGGAACAUGACCACAAACAUCAGUGAAUGUGUAAACUCCGUGCUAAAGGGAACUCGCAACCUGCCGGUCACAUCGUUGGUUAAGUCAACCUACGGGAGGCUUGCUCAGCUAUUUGUGGUACGGGGUCAGACCGCAAAGGCACAACUCGGAUCUGGGCAUCAGUCCGAGUACACCGUCGCGGAGACAACACCAACUGGGAGCUUCUCGCUGGGUAGCUAUAGAGUUUCCCUUAAAGAUCACCGAUGCGACUGUGGCCACUUUCAGGUGCUGCAUUAUCCUUGUUGCCACGCCAUUGCGUGUUGCGCCUACUCCCGGCUUAACUGGGCGUCAUAUGUUCACGAGGUGUAUCGUAUGAGUGAGGUGUUCAACGUUUACAAGCAGGGGUUUCUCCCACCUAUCCCUGAAGGACUAUGGCCUCCAUAUGCUGGGCCUACCAUCAUCCCUGACCCUAAUAUGCGGCGUGCAAAGGAAGGUCGUCCAAAGGCAACCAUGAUCCGUGGCAGUAUGGAUCAGUCUCAGGAGAACCAGCCGAAGCGUUGUGGGCUAUGCCGUCAGCCUGGGCAUACGCGGAGGAACUGUCACCAGCGAAGACAGAGUGGUGGAGGGGAUGCGUAG